GCCCCGGACACCAUUACAGUACGCACUCCGGCUGACGCGCCCCGCACUCACAAAGCUCAAGCCUUUCGCUCGCUCGCUCGCUCGCGGCUACAUCUACAAUGGCGCGAUUCCAGCUCGCGGCCCUGGCCAUGGCCAUGCUCUUCGCCGCGGCGGCGGCGCAGGCCCCGGCCGCCACCCCGACGCCGGCGCCCAGGGCGUCCCCCCCGCCGGCGACUCCUCCGCCGACCCCGGCGCCGGUGUCUCCGCCCGCGCAGGCCCCCGCCGUUCCUCCCCCGGCCCCGGCGCCCGCGACUCCGGCCCCCGCCCCCGAGGCCGCCGCCCCGGCGCCGGCUGAGGCCCCCACCCCCGCGGCGAGCUCCCCGCCGGCGCCCGCCCCCAUGGGCCCCUCCCCGUCGCCCACCAGCGACGUGCCCCCGGCCCCCAGCGCCGCCGCCGGCGUCUCCCCCGCCGCCAAGUGGGCCGCCGCCGCCGCCGUGGCCGCCGUGGCCGCCGCCUUCUACUGAGGAGUACCCCCGCACCGCCCCCGCGGUGCUGUAAUCUAUUGCUAUCCGUGUUGAAUUUUUUGCUUUCAUAUUCCAUUCGGCAUUCGAUUCGGUAGGAGAGACUCCUGGCAUCUGUGCGCGUUGCUGCUACUGCAGUCUGUGUAGGAUCGUGGCUUGGACAUAUUGGUUGGUUGGCUGCCCCCGGUGGUGUUGUGAUCCCCCAUUUGUAUAAUCCCCUGUUAAUUUAUCUUCACCUCCUCUUCAACCUUCA